UGUUUGUUUGGCUACAUGCAUUGACAUUGACCGCCUGGAAGAUCAGCUCAAGGCUCACAAAACAAAGCCAUUUACCUGCAACACAUAUUCCGCGACAUUCUGUGACGCAUCAACUCUGCGAGUGCAUGCAAAAAGUCACACGGGAGAAGGGUUGCACAAGUGCACGACACGUGCACUUGCAUGCGCAUCGGGUGCAUGCAAGGGCGACCUUGGCCCUGCAGAGUUCAGCCAGAGCACGAGCCUGUCGGAUCAUAAUCGAACACAAAUGGGUGAGAAGCUAUACAAGUGCAAUCUAUGCCACGCAGAGUUCAGUGAGAACACAAAGCUGCGGAGUCACAAGUUAACACACAAGGGCGAGAUGCCGUACAAGUGUGAUCUCUGUCCUGCAGACUACAGCCAGAGAAGAAGCCUGUUGCAUCACAAGCGAACACACAGAGGUGAGAAGCCAUACAAGUGCGAUCUCUGCCGUGCAGAGUUCAGUGACAGCAGAAAGCUGCAGCAUCACAAGCAAACACACACGGAGGAGAGGCCAUACAAGUGCGACCUCUGUCCUGCAGACUACAUGCAGAGCACAAGCCUGAUGCGUCACAAGCGAACGCACACAGGCGAGAAGCCAUACAAGUGCGAUCUCUGCCAUGCAGAGUUCUAUGACAGCACGACACUGCAGCAUCAUAACCGAAAACACACGGACGGAAGGCCAUACAAGUGUGAUGCCUGUCCUGCGGCGUUCAGCAACAGGACAAGCCUGUCAUAUCACAAGCAAAAACACAUGGGUGACACACCCUAUAAGUGCGAUCUCUGUCCUGCAGAGUUCAUGCAAAACACGACCCUGCAGUGUCACAGACGAAUCCACACAGGCGAAAAGCCAUACAAGUGUAGUCUCUGUCCUGCAGGGUACAGCUAUAGAACGAGCCUGUCACGUCAUAUGCGAACACACACUGGUGAGAAGCCGUACAAGUGUGGUCUCUGCCAUGCAGAGUUCAGGGAGAAAACAAAACUGAAACGUCACAAGCGAACACACAAAGGCGAGAGGCCAUACAAGUGCGACCUCUGUCCUGCAAAGUACAACCAGAGCACAAGGCUGUCGUAUCACAGGCGAAAACACACGGGUGACACGCCCUAUAAGUGCGAUCUUUGUCAUGCAGAGUUCAACCAGAGCUUAAACCUGCAGAGUCACAGGCAAACACACACGGGCGAGAAGCCAUGCAAGUGUGGUCUCUGUGGUACAGAGUUCAGCGAGAGCACAGAACUACAAAAUCUCAUGCAAACACACGUGGGUGAGAGGCCAUACAAGUGUGAUCUCUGUCCUGCAAAAUUCAGCUACAGCAGAAGCCUGUCGUGUCACAUGCGAACACACUGGUCAAGAAGGCAUAGAAGUGCGAUCUCUGCUGUGCAGAGUUCAGUGAGAGCACGAAGCUGAGGAAUCACAAGUGAACAUGCAAGCGAGAAGCCAUACAAGUGCAAUCUCUCUCCUGCGGAGUUCAACCAGAGCAGAAGCCUGUCGCGCCAUAACCGAGCACCCAAGGGUGAAAAGCCAUACAAGUGUGAUCUCUGCCUUCCAGUGUUCAGUUAGAGCACUUGUCUGCACAAUCACAAGUAGACACACAUGAGCGAAAAGCCACAAAUAUGCGACCGCUGUCCUGCAGGGCCAACAGCGGGAACUUGCGGUGUUAGAAGCCGACAUGCAUGAGCGAGAAGCCCUACAAGUGCGAUCUCUCCUGCAGAGUUCAACGAGAGCACAAGCCUGUCGUGUCACAAUUAAACACACAUGGGCGACACACCAUCUCUGUGUGUCAGAGUUCAGCCAGAGCAUGAGUGUGCCUAAUCAUAUGUGGACACACAUGGGUGAGAAGCCAUAAACGUGUGACGUCGCUUCUGACGCGUUCACCUGCAACAACAACUUGCAGUGUCAGAAGUGGACACACAAGGAGCCCUAGAAAGGCGAUCUCUGUCUGGGAGAAUUCAGCCAGAGCGCAGACCUGGGGCAUCACAAGUGGACACAUGCACAGGUGAGAGGCCAUACAAGAGCAUUCUCUGCUCUGCGUACUUCAGGCAGUGCACAAACCUGCAGCGUUACAAGUGGGCCUACAUGGACGUGAUGCCAUGCAAAUGCAACCUCUGUACUGCGGGGUUUAGCGAGAGCAUGAAGACACACCAGCCAGACAAUAAGCUGUGAACAGAGAAUUGGCCCAUUCAGCCAAAGCGGACCUGUGGGUUCAGAAGUAGUCAUGACACUCUUGGAAUAGAAGCCGUCCAAGUGCAGAGGGCACGUACACAUGAAAGCGGUCGUCCAAGCGUCAGUUGUGUUCCUUCACAUGUAUUGAAUCUAAAGACUUAAAGAAGCACAUGGUAAUGUACGGAGAGGAAUGGCUGUACAGAUGUAGUCUGUAUCCCACUGCAUCCGAUUUCUCUGUGAUUUGAAACUCGCAUCCAUGAACAGAGCGAAAAAAGAGAGUUGAAUUGCAGCUGGUUUGAGUGGUGACACUUGUGAAAUGCAAAAAAAAAAAAAAAGAAUACUGCCUGGAAAACAGACAAACCUGAAAAACAUCAUUCACAGGCACUGAACUGCCAACCAGGGCCUACUUCAGUGAGCAAAUCGCUCUUGUUUGCGUUUCUGAUUUUAUUCCCCAAGUGAUUAAUUCUUAUUUUCUUACUCUUGUUUUAUGUCCUACGUCUUCUCUAACGCUAAAAUGAACAAAUAAAUCGAACCAAAGACAUAAACAAUUCUGCAAGAUGUGACAGCUUGUGACCAAAAUCCUGAGAACUACUUUUAAUGCCACUAGCAGCUGUAGUGGAAUGGAUUACGACCACUGAAAUGAAAGUCUGUGUUUCAUUUAGCUUCAUGCAAGCAAAAUUAGUUCACACAGCGCUACCGGUUAGAAGAAAAACGCAAUGAAAACAGAGCAGACUUUGGCGGCAACGAAUGGGAUCCCCCGGAGGCGAAGAUUGGCAGCAUCCAAUGAGACAGCAGGAGAAGCACACGCAUAGCUAUCGUGGCCGUGUAGAUUUGGAACGGGCCCGAUCGUAAUGUUCCGUAUAUGCGCGGCAUGAUGCGCACUACUGCAUUUUUGGAUACCGAUUUAAUUGUAGCCCACAACAGUUCUCGUGAAUGUUCCACUGGCAGCAUUUAUCUUCACAUCCUUUGGACAGCGACGCCAGGCCGCAUCGCACUGGCGUGCAAAAACACAGAGCUCUGUUUUUCACAGAGACCUUGAUGGCGUGGCACGUGCUGCACGCGCAGCAUGGGAGCACCGAUGCACGAGCUGAAAUGACGUUCACUGCCUAGCGCCGAAGCAAGAAAGAGUCCGGUAUAAUUUCCAUUGUAGCUCCGUAUCGGAAUCAAAGGUUUGAGUUAUGAUAACAAGUAACUGGGAGUGAUCUUUUCUUUGCAUUUUAGUGCUCCUUUAAUGGCGAAUUCGCUUGGUCAAAAUG